AUGCCACCUCAUUCUGCCAGAAGACUCCGAACAGUUCUUCCAGCAAUGUCGAGAGUACGACAGGAUCGAGGUCAUCGAAUUCCUCAUGAGGUACGAGAAGCUGAUAUCAAGAGCGAAGUUGCCACUUUGCAAAGAUUGAGAGCAGGUGGGAUCUCUGUGCCGGAAGCUUGGCUGCCUGGAUAUCUGGAUGAUAGCAAAGAUGGUAUGCCAACAAUAUCACCUUUCCCAUUCGACUACUUCUUCUACACUUUCCUGCAAGGUCGACCUUGGCCGAUCCAGAAGACCCCUUUCUAUCCUAUGCGCUUACCAGAGGAGGAUAUCAAAAAAUACAUCGAAGCAUACGCUUUACAUCAAAUCAAGAUGUCGCAUUUUGUACUGCCCCUCAAUCAGAUCAGAUGUCUGCAAAUGAACAAAAGCGGUGAGGAAGUUGGACCCAUCAUCACUAGAGGAACGUUCCAAAAACCUGAACCACCUUAUCUUCUUGGUCCAUUUUCAACUCAGAAAGAACGUUACCUAUCUCAUAUAGAUACCACGCUCGACUAUAUCUUGAUGGGAGCAGUUGGGGAAUCUGGGCCUAUCGACUCCUAUUUGUGGCAUUUAGAGAUGCGCGAGCUAGUCGAGCACUCCAAAAUCCUCGCCAGACCUAUCACCGAGGUAUAUAUCAAACAUGAUGAUGAAAAAGGUGAUCAACUAUUAUGGGACGACCAUGGGAAGGCCUGUGGAGUGUUGGACUGGCAAUGGGCGUAUACCACAACCAAAGCCGAAGCGUUUGCUGCUCCCCCUCUGCUUUACGAAAGCAUCAACCUUUUCUCAGGUGAAAAUAGUAUGACAGAGGAAGAGAAUUUUCUCAUUGGAUGUUACCGCAAGUAUGGAAGGCCUGAUCUGGGGGAUUGUGUGGAAAAAGGAAGAUUAUAUCAAAGAUUGAGUUUCAUAGGGCGCUGGUAUGACUUUUACAAGAAGAUAGGCUUCAGAGAACCGUUCGAGCCGGAUCUCCCAUCUGACUUUCACCCUCCACUAGACGACGUCGAUUGGCAAGAGAGGGCCAAGGUUGAUCAACGAGCAGACGAUACUAGAUUAGACGACGGUGGUAAAGAAGAGGUAGCGAUGAGAGCUGGAUGUGAUGAAAUUGCCAACAUGGUCUUUGACCAUAUAGUGCAGCAGGCAGAUACGUCAAAGGAAGGCUGUAAUACCAAUGACUAA